AUGUCAGAGCAGCAACUGGAUCUCAUGAUACUGAAGCUCCAAAAAGAAUCUUUGCCACUUCGGCUCCGUGAUGAAAAAUCUGCUACAUCGCCGACCACCUCCUCUAUUGCAAUGUCUGGAUCUGGUUCUGUCUUCAGCAGUUCAGGGUGCGAGAUGUCGCUGGUUCUACCGCUGGGUGCCUUCGUGCCUGAGUCCUGGGUGCCGUUGGUUCUGUCGUUGGGUACUGCUUAUGAUUUGUGUGGUUCUGCCGCUGCAUACCUGCAGAUUGAUCGUGCUUUCAAAAAUGCUCGUGGGAAUCUUAAACUAAGAGCUCCCUCAAUUCAAAAAGAUAUUGUAAGAGCUGUUGCAAGUGAAAUGAAAAAAGUUAUUGUUAAUGAUCUUGGGGAUGAAUUGUUUGCUGUUUUGGUUGAUGAAGCCCGCGACAUUUCUAUUAAGGAGCAAAUGUCAGUUUGUUUAAGGUAUGUGAAUAAAGAAGGGCAAGUUAGGGAGCAUUUUCUUGAUCUUGUUCAUGUUUCUAAUACUAAUGCUUUAUCUCUAAAAUUAGCAUUGGAGUCAUUAUUAGAAACAUAUAAUUUAAGUUUAUCAAGAGUACGUGACCAAGGAUAUGAUGGUGCAAGUAACAUGCAAGGAGAAUUUAAUGGUUUGAAAACUUUGAUAUUGAAAGAAAAUGCUUAUGCUUUCUAUGUACAUUGCUUUGCUCACCAACUUCAGUUAGCUCUUGUAACGGUUAUAAGAAAACAAGUUGAAAUUGCUUUGCUUUUUAAUUUGUUAACCAAUUUGUGCAAUAUUGUUGGAACUUUGUGUAAACAAAGGGAUAUGCUUCGUGAUAGUCAGAUGACUAAGACAACUGAAGCAUUACAAUGUGGAGAAGUUGUUAGUGGAUGUGGUUUGAAUCAAGAAAUAGCUUUGAAAAAAGCUAGAGAUACUAGAUGGGGUUCACACUAUGGAACUAUACUUAGAUUAAUUUCUUUGUUUCCUUCCGUGGUCAAUGUUCUUGAAUAUGUUGAGAAAAAUGGAAAUAAUUAA